AUGGUCAAGCGCAAAGUUGGAGCCCUGGAAAAGGUGGAUGCAGAUUUACCCAAUCUGCAGUACAAAAUCCGAAGAGACCCGCCCUCGUAUGCGGACGACUUCGGAAACCAGUACAGAGUCUAUGAGAGCUUCCGCGAACUGUUUCUGCAGAACCCCGCACAGUCAGAUGAGAGUGGUCUGGUGUCGUUUCGGGACCAGAUAGACUUCAUAUCGCAUGUAGCGGACUGCUAUCCUAAGGUUACUGCCGAAUUUCCGAACGACCUUAUCAAGAUCAUAUCGCAGCACCAUGCAGAACUUGAGCCGGAGUUGCGCGAGAAGAUCGUGGGCAGCUUGGUACUUCUGCGGAAUAAGGACAUCAUAGAUUCUUCACUUCUACUUGGUACUCUCUUCCCCAUCCUAGUAUCUACACCCAGCAAGUCCCUUCGCGCGCUCCUCUUCACCAAGAUCCUUUCCGACCUCCGCUCCUCCAAUGCGAAGACCACAAAUCAUCGCCUCAACCGUGAUGUCCAAAAAGAGCUUUAUAAUCUUCUCACCUCCGACCGGAGUUCUUCAAAGGGCAUAUGGGCGGUCAAGAUUACUCGAGAGUUGUGGAAGAGGCAGAUAUGGACCGACUCCCGAGCGGUUGAGAUCAUGAAGGAGGCUAGCUUGGGAGACAAUGAGAAGGUCAUAACGAGUGGCGUGCGGUUCUUCCUUGGUGGUGACAAGGAGCGCGAAGAAGCCGCCGAGGAGAGCAGUGACGAGGAGGACACCAUCGAUAUGAGAUCGCUACGGCACCAAGCGGGCAUCAAUAAGAAGACCCGCAAGAAGGAGAAGGACCUGAAGAAGGCAGCAGCGACCGUCAAGAGAAAGGAGCGAAAGAAGAACGUGCCGCAUCCCCUCAACUUCUCUGCUUUACACCUGCUACACGACCCACAAGGCUUUGCCGAAAUACUAUUCUCCAAGCAUCUCCAAAAUUCGAAAUCGAAGCUCAACCUCGAGCAAAAGCUUCUCGUCCUCAACCUCGUCUCCCGCCUUGUUGGCCUCCAUAAACUCACCAUCACAAGCCUCUAUUCCUACUUCACCAAGUAUCUCACCCGCCGCCAACCAUCCGUAACCUCCUUUCUCGCCUGCCUCGCACAAUCGACCCACAACCUCGUUCCGCCAGAAGACCUUGAGCCGCUUGUUCGCAAGAUCUCAGAUGAGUUCGUGACAGAGGCCGUGGCAGCAGAAGUCUGUGCGGCAGGCCUAAAUGCCAUUCGCGAGAUCUGCGUGCGGCAGCCUCUGGCGAUGAACGAGACACUUCUGCAAGACCUGGUCAUGUAUCGCAAGAGCAAAGACAAGGGUGUCAUGAUGGCAGCGAAAGGACUGCUGUCGCUGUACCGAGAAGUCGGCGCAGAGAUGCUAAAGAAGCGGGACCGCGGCAAGGACGCUGCUAUGGGAUUGAGGAGUGGCGAGCAGAAGGCCCAGAGGUUCGGCGAGGAAGAGGCGGGCGGGAUUGAGGGGCUGGAGCUGCUUGAGAAAUGGAAGGCGGAAGAACGACGCAAGAAACGGGUUGAGCAGGGCUUGCCGCCUGAUGCAGCGACGGACGAGGAGGUCGACGAGGAAGAUGACAAGGAUUGGGAUGUCGAGUCGGAUAGCGACAGCGACGAUUCCGGUGGCUGGAUCAACGUCGAAAGUGACGGAGAAGACAUCGAGAUCAGCGACAGCGAUGACGACGAGCGACCGACGAAGAAAGCGAAAGUAGAUGGCACGCCUUCCGCCGGUAAUGGCGAGCAGCGCGAGAGCACGCAAGAAAAGGCAGCCGUCGAAGCACAACGGAUCUCCACCCUUGCGACGACCCGCAUCCUGACACCCGCCGAUCUGGCCAAGCUGAACGAGCUUCGUAUGGCGCAAGGCAUCAACAAUCUCCUGCCCGCCAACAAACGCCGCAAAGCCGCAGAAAUAGCACGUCACGCCGACGAUGCCGUAACCUCCGAGCAAAUCGAGUCCGCUGCAGCGCUCGCGAAGAAGACCUCCAAAGCCGAAAAGAUAGCCAUGGCGAAAGGUGAUCGCGACGAAAAGCACCACUCCACGACCGCGAUACGGAAGUCGAAGAAGGAGGCGGAAGGCAAGAGCACUACGAACAAGGAGAAGGCGAGGAAGAAGAAUUUCUUGAUGACGCUGGGCAAGGCGAAGAGUAAGGGCAAGAGGAGUUUGGUGGAUACAAGGAAGGCGCUGAGAGGGCAUAUUGAUAGGCAAAAGAAGGGUGGGAGGAGGGGGAAUAGGUGA